AUGGAUUAUAUAAUGAUUGUUUUUUAUAUUUUAUUAGCUAUCAUCAGCAUUUCAUUAUUAUAUUUUAUAAUUAAAUAUUUUGCCAAAAAAUAUAAUAACAAUAGAAACAAUAAUAGCAAUAACAAUACCCCAAUAACCAAUAAUUUAUUUGAUCAAAUGAAUUUUUACCAACACCCACAACAACACCCACAAUAUUUUAGAACAAAUGAUCAAUCCCCAUCACAUCUAUUUGGUCUCACAACUUUCCCAUCACACCUUAGACCACAGUUUCCACCACCAAAUUCAUCUGCUCCAUCCACAAUUUUAUCAUCAACCUCUGAAGGAAAAGAAUGGAUAUUUGGAUCAAAAUAUUUGGAAAUAAUAAAAAAAAGGGAAAAAGAAGAAAAAGAAGAAAAAGAAUGGGAAGAAUACCAAAAAUCAAUAAAAGACAGAUUGAUUAGAGAAGGUUUUUGCUCCAAAUGUAUUUCAGCAGAUAUAAAACCACACCGUUUGGCUUUUAUUGGAUGCGGACAUCAAUUUUGUUAUAAAUGUAUUUUAAAAAGAUCAUUUAGUGACAAAACCUGCCCACUUUGUGAAGAUCCAUUUGAUGAUAUCAUUGUAAAUGAAUUAUAUUAA